UCGUAUGUAAGUUGAUGAGAUAUGAGAUAAACUUUAUUUAUUUCAUCUAAUUGUUUUUUUUUCGUUAGCAAUGGCGUGAUUUAAUUAGUUAAAAUUAAUUAAUUAAUUAAUUAAUUAAUUAAUUAAUCGGUUAAUGAUUUCGUUAUUUUAUUAAAUUAAAAAAUAAUAUGUAACGCUUUGUUGUUAAAAAUUCGUUUUUUAAAUCGACAUUUAUUUUUUCGAAUUCGAACGUCAAAAAGUUUAUAUAUUAAAUAAUUCAAUAAACCAUAUUUGUACUAAUUAAUCAAUUAAUUUUAAUAGAAUCAAAGUUUAUCUGUAGUGUCUUUAAAAAAAUUCUUACAAUCGAAUUAUGCAAGCGAAUCGAUCGCGUUCUCGUCGGCGGGCGCGUCGUGUGGUAACGAAAGUUGUAGCAGUUGGGACUAAUAACACGAUUUGGGUGGUUGUGGUGAGCACUUUGUGUGCGGCUGUUCUCACAGCUGCCGUUGUAGCUUCUACUGUUGCUGUUUCAUUGAAGAACAACAUAGCCACACCAACUACUUCAAAUACUACAACAGCACCAGUCGCCGAAACAACGUCGACAGCCACAGGAACGACUGCUACGACGAGUACAUCAGCAGCUGUGACGAUGACGAUGUUGACAACUUCAACUGCAGUGUCCACAACAACAUCCUGUAUAAUCGACGCUACGUCCCUAUAUGCAUUUUCUUCAUCUACUCAAUCAACACUUCUGAAUCGGGAAUAUUCUGUUGCGACCGAUACAAAUCCAAAGAUCACGUUCACCAACACGACAUUCAACGCUACCCUGAUCAAGUUCUCGAUCGGCAUGGGCAAUGUUCAGUUUUACACGGCCACUGCGCACCCAGGCGAGCAAUUUAAACAAGGCUCUCCAGUUGACAACCAGUAUACACCUGAAUCAGUGGAGUUCAGCGGGACAAACAUCACAUUCAAUUCCAUCGACUUUCAACUGACGCCAAAAGUUUCUGGACGUAACAUAAAUAUAGCUACCUUGUUUAUUCAGGUCUAUUUUUCAUAAUUAUAUAUUUUUGUAAAUUAAUUUAUUCUUUAAAAAAAAGUUUAUUAAACUUUCAUUUGAUUAUUAAUUUUACGAAUAACGUUUUAACAUCAACCAUAAUAUAUAAUUGAUAUGGCAAGUUUAAUGUUUGACUUAGCAAAUAUGGACAUAUCUUACACCCACUUCUAAUUUUAAUCCUCUUAGCUUUAUUUAGUGUUAGCCGUGUUUAUUAAUAAACGAUUUAAUUUAAAAAAA